AUGAGGUGCGGCGUGGAACGGUGUGUUUGCGCUUUGGCUGUGUCAGAGUAGUUUCCUUUGCACGAGAAAUGAUGUCGUGAGGUAAAACACCACAAUGCACCAGCAUGAACAGGGCGGACCAGGAUGGCUCCUACAACGGUGAAAGUGAAACACAAGAGUGGACAGAUGGAUGCCCAGUGUGUAAGUUGAUACGACACAGGUACGAAGAAGAAUACAAGAAGGGUCCUCGAAAUUCAACAAUACAGCUACAUGCAGAAUACAACACCAUCAGGGGAAAGAAAAGCAAAGAGAAGUCAUCAGUCUUGGAGAAAGUAGCAAAAGCGGUGUCAGCGUUGCGUAACAGUGGUGGGGGAGUGUUGUUAGUUCACCUGAAGGGGACAUCACCAGAAGAUGGGUGUCUCGAGUACUUUGAUGAAUUUGUGGUUAGAACUUUCACAAACUUACUUGAAUGUGGCGAACUGUAUACUGAUACAUAUGAAAGAUAUUUUCUUAGUGAUCAACCGAAAUUCGCGGACACGAGUGACAUUCUUGUUGUUAAAGUUAACAAAACAGCAGGUGUAGCUACGGUUGAUUUCAACACGAAGGCAAACAAUGACAAUGAGAACCUGGAUAUAAAUUCAUUGAUCCUCUCAGAAGUACUGGGCAAAACUGAAAUAACGGAAAAGAACCAAGCGUCUCUCAGGAAUCUGCCCCCAAAUGUGAACACUUUUCAUGAGAAUCGGCAUAUACAGUUGAAAGCAUUCAAAGUCAAAACUGAAGAGAUUAAGCGUAAACAAGCCCACGUUGAAAAACUGACUGACCAUAUCUGGCACAAUCUUAAACUGAAAGAUAACAUAACGUCUAUGUCAAAGCUGGUUCAAGGUGGGUCAUACUACCUGGGAGUUAACGAAAAGGAAGUUGUCACACAGAGAGGUUAUCAAACAAAAGUUGCAGAAAUUGUUGGUUUCAAACUACAUGUGAGACAGAAAUCCUUGAUAGAGAGUAUCUAUAAGAAGGUUGAAACUGAUCUGUGUGUUCUGACAAGGAAGGGAGAGUUCACAGACGCUCCUAGAGACCUGAUAAACAUAGCAUUCCACCCUGUCCUACAAUCUGAGCUUUGUGUUUUGGAAGUAGCCAUUCGAUAUUGCGAUGGUGUUGUUUUCUACGAUAGACAAGGGCCAAGAUCAUACUUACUCGAUAUAAGUGACGCAAUUAUUCGAAGAAUGAGCAAAUUUGAGUGGCUUCAGAAAUUCUUUGACACUCGUACAUUGAAUGCUACAUCUCUUUAA